AUGGACGACAUGGACACCAUCAAAAUACCAGAAACCCUCCGUCAUCGCCCCCCGUUACCUAUCACCCGCGACUACGGACUCGGCAUUGAACUUAUCGGGAAACCCGUCCAGUGUCGAGAUGAGCGCAACGAUCAUCCCUCUGAGCCUCAGCGUCGCAUGGAUGAAGCCGUUUUCAAGGUCGGCAGUCCGCAAAAGCUUGAGCGCAAGCCAUUCUCUGCCUUGUAUCAAGAAUACUGGCAGGACAAUAUGGAUAAUGACAACGACGAAGAGCUCGAGUUUUCCAGGCUAACCAUGCUAGGCAACUACUUAUUGUCCCGGGCUCCGGGCCGCCAGGUGAAUCUUGCUUGCCACCGCACCCGAUGGGUCGUUUACAAAGAGGGCCAAUUCAUCACCUCCAAUGAGAGUAUUGCCCUCCGCAAUGCCGGCGAGCAGGGCUUGCCAGUUCCGAAAAUAUUUUGCCGCGAAAGGCUCUACUCUGUCGGGAGUGAGGACGUCUACAGUAUCAAGAUGAGCUACAUCGCUGGACGGUCCUUGACCAAACUCUGGGUCACACUGACUCACGAGGAGAGAAUAGACGUCUUUAAACAAGUCCGAGUCAUGCUCCUGCGACUUACCGUUCCAGAAAAUGCCCCCAAAUUCAUCGGAAGCUGUGAUGGUCUGGAUAUUCGUGACAGUAGACUUGCCAAAACUCAUUUUGGCCCCAUCUGCAAGACCGAAAAGGACUUCAACAAGUACUUGGUCUCGACCAUCUCAACAGCUCCGGUCAAUAUCCGACGCGACUAUCUCCGCAAGCUCAAUCAGAAGCGGCAUCGCAUCGUCUUUUGCCACGGCGACCUGUCUCCUGAUAACAUCAUCGUCAACGAAUACAUGCAAGUCAUCGGGCUACUUGACUGGGAAGACGCCGGUUACUAUCCCGAGUACUGGGAAAAUAUCAAGUUUUAUUCUCGCCCUGAGAUGGUGAACGGAUGGCAUGAGUAUGGGAAAUAUAUUUUGCCUCAUGCCUAUGACGAGGAGGUCAAAGACUUUCUCCAAGUCAGACAAUAUCAGCUGCCGUGA